AUGAACUGUUCUCAUACUGCUGAGGCAAUUUUUGAGGUGCCUACUUUAAGCGAUGGUCGAGCAACAUUUGAACUCGCACCAGUAUCGUCGGCAUCCCUUGAUCACGUUCCCCGUCAAGCGUUAAAGAACUAUGCCUAUAUAUUAAAUGAAGAUGGACGUCCUUUUGCAAUGGAUCAUGCGGGUCGUAUUGUUUUUGAAGUAGGCUUACUAAACUUUGCUAAUUAUGAUUAUAAUAAUUACAUUGAUACCACUUUGUAUCCUGCAUUACUGAAAGAGAACAGCCAACGUAAACUUUUUUUCAUGUUGACACAACCACGAUUGUAUUGCCUUUGUUUAGAGGUAAUGUCUGAAUCUUGUGAUCCUUCACGACUGCCAAUAGUUGUGGAUUCAUUUUUUAUGGCCAUGGAGACAAGACUUAUGGUAAAGAUUUUUGAACUUUCUCAAUGGCAAGCCAUUUUAAAACGCUUACAGGAUGCUCAAAUUGUACUAGAUACUAAUGGAGAUAUUUCUAUUGAUAAUAUAUCAGAAAUACAAACUUCUUAUAGUGGAUUAGCAUCUAUAUUAUGUAGUGCUCCCGCAGCUUAUACAAUUUUUUUAGAAGAUAUUGCUUCUAGCGGUGCUCCAGGUAUUGUUUGGGAUAUAGAACACCGAAGACGUGUUAUUGCGGUUCUUGUACAAUGUAGUAAUAUUCCUUUAACUGUUGGAAUUUCAGUUAAAAUAUUUAACGGUGAUGGAAAAGGUAGUCUUGAGUAUUUUUCUAUGGAGAUGGUAUAUUUAACAUUUUUUAUAGCAUAUUCAUUACUCCUGGUUACUCUACUUAUUUUACUUUUACCUUGUUGCUGUUCAUAUGGUUCCAGUGUUGUGACGCAGACGGUUCAUUCUAGAGAAGAAACGAUUGACAGCAGCACUUCUACCCGUAACAGCAGUACUACGACCAGUAAAGUGACUAAAGGUAGCGGUAACAUAUUGGUAAGCAAAAGAGGGGAAGUACAUGGAGUGAAUUUGUAUGAAGGAAAUAGUAAUGGUGAUAAUAUGAGAAAUGAUGUUAUUUGGAACAUGGGAGAAAGUAAUGAGGAUAAUGUUGAAGUAGUACGAAAAUGUAAUUGUUGUUCUGUUUUUUGGAAAAAAAUGCAAAAUAUUUGUUGUCAACAUAUUUUUAUUCUCUAUCCUACACUACAAUGGCUCAUUCUUGUGUCUCUAUUUGUAAAAAUGAUUAUCUGUGCUCUACGUCUAGCCCAGUAUCGUGAUCUUGCCAUGUCAGCAGAUGCAUCUUUACAUGGUAAUAUUCAAAUUCUUUCAAUUGUACUUACUGUUUGUAUACGUUCUGUAAUAUUUGCUAUGCAACAGUUUGUUUGUAUAGGAUGGGGAUGCGCCUAUGAGGUUCCACCAACAAGAAAAACUGUGGUUGCAUCAUUUGCUUCUAUUAUGGGAUUCUCCGCUUUCGUACUCCAAAGUACCUGUGAAGGUAGUAGUAUGAUAUCAAUGUUUACUGACUUGGAUACUUUUAUGCAUCCAAAUACUCUUCGUUGUGCAACUAUACGCACUAUUUCUACCGCUGUUGAUUUAAUUGGAAGUUUAUUAAAUGUCUUCCAAAUAACAACUCUUAUGGCAACCAUAGGGCGUGCCGCUUCAACAGAGAAACUGUCUGGGAAAGAGAGUGUAUUUAAUGAUAAUAUGUUAUUGUAUUUACGCUAUCGUGGGAUGUGUGUGCCAUAUGCUGUAGGAAUUAUUGCUCCUCAGAUCAUAUUGAUUGCCUAUUCUAGGAGUAGCUUCUCGUUUGAUGAUUAUUAUGUUGAGACUGCGGUGAUAGAGUUUGUGCAAUGGUAUGCGUUGGCUUUUGUUCUCCUAUUUUUACGAAGAGAACCAAUGUUGUUUUGA